AUGGGUCAAUUGCUCUCGCAACCGAUAACCGAGAAGAACAUCACGCUCGUUCAGCAUGAUCAUAUCUCUCACUCUAUUGGAGAAAUGCAAGGUUACCGACUCACAAUGGAAGACGCUUAUUGCGACAUGAACGAAACUAUACAUCUACAAAACAAAGAGCAUGAUAUUGUCAAGGACUCGCAUGAGGUUGGGAACGAAAACGGAUCCCUAAAAAUCAACAUCUAUGGGGUGUUUGAUGGACACGGCGGUUCUGGUGCUUCGAAGUUCGUGAGUCAAGCUCUUCCCACAAUCUUGCGCGAGGAGCUCGUUAGAGAAAUCAACGAGCUAUCACCUGAAUCAAAAGAGGAUUUGAUCAGUUGUAAAGACGUUUUAAACCACAUUAAUUUUCCGAAACUGCUAAAGUCAUCUUACAUGAAGUGCGACUCUAUGUUCUAUCAUAGACAAGAUAAUAAUAGUGGAACAACAGCAGUGGUGCUGCUUAUAUUCUGUGGAUAUGUCUUUGUGGCAAAUUGUGGAGACUCGCGAUGUAUUCUCAGUCAGAACGGUUCUACAAAGCUUUUAUCUUUCGAUCACAAGCCUAGAAAUUUAGGAGAGCUCAUGAGGAUUCAUAAUGGAGGUGGUUAUGUUUCAGCUAACAGGGUGAAUUCGAUUCUGGCAUUGAGUAGGGCUCUAGGCGACUUCACGUUCAAGAUGCAUAGUGAUAAUGAUUUCCCAAGACGGCUACUAAAAUCACAUUCGAAUCAUAAGGUUUCACCACCUGAAGAGUUUCAAGUUACAGCAGAGCCUGAUAUCAUCGUUCAUAAAAGUAGUCCCAUGGAUGAAUUUUUGGUUGUUGCCUGUGAUGGAAUUUGGGAUUGUUACAAGUCUCACGAGCUGAUCCAUUUGAUUAGACAUCAGCUUUCUUUAGGCAAAAAGUUACCUGAAAUCAACGAAAUUAUUUUGGACAAUUGUAUCAAAAUGGCCAAUACGAUAACUGGAAUUGGGUUUGAUAAUAUGACCUUGAUUAUUAUCGCCCUGCAUCAAGAUCAUAACGAUUUGAACGCAUGGUACAAUCACAUGAAAUACAGAAUCCUUGACGAGAGAUUUGGUACGCUAGGACACUGA